CAGAUCAUGUGAGGGUGUUUUUUUUAUAUAUACUCGUGGUUGCAGAAGUUUUACAGCUUUUGUUCAUGUGCUUGGAGCUGAAGAAAAACAGAGGAGCCACCCUGGUGUUAAUAUUGGGAUUAAUAGCUUCCUGUGUUUGGGGAAUGGUGAGGGAUUGCGAACCAAUGAGAGAGCAGUGUCAAGGAUGCAACUGUGAUCCAGGAAAAAACAGACCAUUGUUCCUGGGAAGUCGAAGAAGUGUGACCCCCUUCCACUUGCCGGCUCUCUCCCUACCCGGCCCUGCGGCACACCGAGGAACUGGGAAGCCCAUUGACAAGCAAGGUCAGAAUGAGUGGAGGAGUCAAUGUGAAGUCAGCCCCCCGUGGGCCUUCCUCAUCAGGAAUCCCUCUCCCCCGCAGCCUUGUGACCAAUUCUCCAAAAACAGAUCCCCGUCGCCAAGCUAGAGACUUGCCCAAGCCCUCAACGCAGACCCCGAAACACACCCCUACACAUACACCCAUCCACUCUCCUUCACUUCGCCCACGAAACUCUGGCAUACCUGGACCCUCUUCCAGGGAGCACCUGAAAGACGGGGGCGUGAAAAAUCAGCUCUACCAGCGGAAUCAAGUGUCACGCUCAGCCUACAGCAGCCCGGUGGUCCAACGCAGAGUACCAUCGCCACACUCCAAGGACACAAUGGAUCUUCAAAAACCUGUUCCAGCUCACAUGCCUUUAAAUGCAGUGCAUGAUGGGAACCAUAACAGAAGUGCCAUCAUUAAUAAGAACCAAGCCAACAACCUGCAUCCACCUUUUUGUUUCAGGGGAGGUGAAAACUUCAACACAACUCAGGAAAUGAGUCAAAAUAUGUCAGCAAGGGGAGGAAAUCCUCACAAAAAACAACCGAUUGAGUCUGGUAGUGUAAAAAACGGGAACAUUCGGCCCAGUACUGUUCAGUCAGGCUGCAAACACACUUUCAGGGCUAAAAGUGGCUCCACGAGCCAGUCAGAUGAGGAAAUGGGGACUCCUGAGGACAGCAGUGCAGCCUCUUCUCCUGAUCCCCUACCACUUCCACUCAUCCCAUUUACGAUGCCAGUAAUGUCCGGUGUUUAUGAACAGGAACACCACCUGUCCAAAGAAUCUACAGACACACACAGAGCCAGAGUCAACAUGGCAGCUGUGGCUCCGUUCAGCUACAGGCUGAGGAUACAGGAGAGCGAUUUCUCUCUGGAGGAACUGAGUGACUGCUCAUCCGGAUCUAUUGAAGUCUGCUGUGAUGAUCUAACAGGAGGAGGGAUGCUGGAGGCUAAUGUGGCUAACAUUAGCAUGACGGCUAAGCCCAGAGAGCUGGACCUGAGGUCUGCAACUGUCUCCUGUCAGGAUACUUCAGCCCAGCCCAUGGCCUCCAGGAAGCCACAAGCCAAGCCCUCCGCAUUACCCCAGGCACCUUCACGUCCCUCUGGGUCAGAGCUCAAGGUGUAUCGGCCCAACUCCGGAUCUAUCCCGAUUCCGAUUCCUAAUCCAUCCGGGCUCCGCAAGCAGCGAUCACUUGGCAACUUGUGUGUGCUCACUGAUGCUGAAAAGAAGCUGCACCUGUACCAAUCCCCUCAAUGGAACGAUGAUGCAAGUCGCCCUGGUGUGGGGACAAACAAACCAGGACAGACCAGGACAGGUCAAGCAGGUGGCGGGAGACCACCUCUGUCUCGGACGCUUUCAAAGUCAGAACAGUCUCUGUUUCAGGGUAAGCCUAAAUCCUUUGGCUCCCCGGCUGUAACUUCAAAUGUGGGUAAGCCAAGUCGAAUCCCGGCUCCUGGUAAACCACGGGGACCUUAUGCUGAGGUCAAGCCUAUCAGUAAGAACUCUGAAGGGAGUCCAGCUUCAGACUCUGCUGACCAACCUCUUAAAGCUAACUCCAAUGGAGUUGGGGGUGCUGGGAGCAAUGGCAAGAAACCAGGGGAGAAAGGUAAAUCUGGAGCUUCGUUAUCAGAGGAAAAGAAGGAGAAAAAGGGGACAGAUGCAGAGAAUGACAAGAGUUUUCUGAAGGUGGACCCAGAGUUAGUUGUGACCGUUCUAGGAGACCUGGAACAGCUUCUCUUCAGUCAAAUGCUGGAUCCAGAGUCCCAACGGAAAAGGACGGUGCAAAAUGUGCUGGACCUUCGUCAGAACCUGGAGGAAACCAUGACCAGCUUAAGAGGGGUUCAGAUCAGCCAUAGCUGCGUCGAGGGGACCAUCAACUACGACAGCGAUGAAGCCGCCGCCUUCUCAGUCUCCAGCUUCUCCAAUCGUUCCUCCCCUCUGUCGUGGCGCCACGGUCAAGCGAGCCCCCGUCUGCAGGCCGGCGAUGCCCCAUCCACAGGUAGCGCCCCGACAGACGUUCCCCUCCGCGUCAGCCACACCUCGCGUAUCCGCCUCAUCGAAGACUUGGAGGAUCCAUCCCUCCUGAAGGGAGAUUACCUCAGCGACAGUGAUCUUGGGGUGAAGAAUCCAAAUGAUGACUACGAGGAUGACGGCGAUGAUGAUGAUGAUGAUGAUAUUGAUGAUCUGGGGAAUGGUUGGGAUGAGAGCAGCUCCAUCAGCAGUGGCCUGAGUGACGGCUCAGACAACCUGAGCUCUGAAGAGUUCAACACCAGCCCCACUCUCAACUCCCUCCCCACCACUCCCAUCGGCUCGCGCAGGAACUCAGCCAUGGUGAUGCGCACCGAUGCAGAGAAGAGAUCUCUGGUGGAGAGUGGCCUGUCGUGGGACUCUGACGAUAGCAAGCCCGGCCGCAAGAGCCAAGGUGGCAGCGCCUUCGAUACGGGAAGCUUGAAGUCCGAGUCUGCCAACAAGUGGAAAGGAGAAAAGGGUGAGCUGAAGAAACCAAAGACCCUUGGUCAAGGAAAUGGGUUGAAGAAAGGGAGAAACCCACCUGUGGGAGUCACGUCUCCGAUCACACACACCUCCCAGAGUGGGCUGAAAGUGGCAGGUACUGUGAAGUCAGAUGGGAAGCCCAUGGAUAAGUCUCGGCUAGCAGUGAAGGCUUCAGGACUUCAGCGUUCCUCCUCAGACGCGGGUAAAGACCACCGAAAUGGCCCUGGAAGUACUGAGCAGCGGAAACCCCCAUCUGGUCUGGUCAGGCCUUCCGCUGGUGGAAACUUUGGCUUCAAGAAGCCCCAUGCGUCUAACAGUGGCAGUGCAAACAAUUCCAGUACACCCGCUGUUAGCUCUACGCCCAGCACAGCAGCCGCUGUGGGGAAGAUUCCAAAAACAUCUGGCAUUCCCGUUAAGCCAUGUGCUGGUGGUGGAGGACGUAAGACAAGUCUGGAUGUUUCAAACAGCGACCAAAGCGGCUUUCUGUCUUCGAAUGCCCGAACGUCUCUCCAGUACCGUUCCCUGCCUCGUCCAGCGAAAACAAGCACCCUGACUCUAACCCGGCCGAGCUCAGCUCGCCCAGUGAGCACCACCAUGGAUGCUGGUUCUGGGCUAACCAAGCCUUCAACGACAUCAACACAGGGCUCUAAGCUCAAGGAGCCCGGUUCAGGACUGGGUUCAGGUAAGACUGGAGGGCGGGGAAUUCCCAGUCCCAGUCCUGUCAAUCAAACUGAUAGAGAGAAGGAGAAAGAGCGAGCCAAAGCUAAAGCUGUAGUAUCAGACUCUGACUGUGGAAAUGGGCCUUUGAAGGGCAGUCCUGCUCAGACCCCUUCAGAGAAUGGAGGGAAGCUUCAUGGGUUGAGACCGCCCAGCAAUGUCAAGGGUAUGGAUCUGUCUUCACCGAGCACACAGAGGUUGUCUGGGGUACGCAGUCUGGCGAAGCCUCCAUCCAUGGCCCAACUGGACAAGCUGAACUCCAACAGCCUGGAGGUGGAAGUUCAGGAUAGUCUGCCUCCAAAGAUUCCUCCUUACUCUAAGCUUCAAGAACUUUCUAGUUCAACAGGAAUGUCAACCAGCCCCUGCCUGACCCCCACCCCUGCACCUAUACUAAAUGUGAACUCCUCAGCCUGCUUUUCCGGUUCUGGAAUUGGCCUGGGACCUAGGCAGGUCACUUCACUUGGUGUUGGAGGAAGUGAGGGUAGCACCUCUCCCUUGCUCUACCCUCGCACUUCUGGGCUGCAUCGCAGUUUGGAGUCUCUGCCCUUACAGAUGAGUCUGGCCCCAGAACCCCAGGAGCAAGAGAAAGAGAGGUUUAGGGGAACUCUGGGGAGAGGCGCCUCCACUUUAGAGACUCAAGACAAAGACAGAGAGGUGGACAAAGACCAUCCUUCAAGCUGGAGCUCUGGGAGUAAAGUCCCACUGACUCUAAAAGACAGUUCUCAGAGAGACAGAAACACACUGCCAAAGAAAGGUUUAAGUUUCAGUGGUGCCUCUCAGCCUGAGGAGGAACUAAAGGAGAAAGGAGAGCGGAGACAUUCGCAUACUGUUCACAGUAUGACCGACUCUCUCACCCUCCCACUUCUGUCCUCUCCCACCUCCCUGCCGCGCACCUCAAAGAUCAGUAUGGUACCCAGCCCUGUGGGUGGCCCCCCCAGGAUGACCCGGUCCAACAGCAUCCCGACACACGAUGCCUCCAUGGAGCUUUACAGCGCAUCGCCGCUGGGCAGCACGCUGUCAUUGGCGGAACGUCCGCGCAGCAUGGGGAUGGUUCGCUCUGGCUCCUUCAGGGACAGAGAGCCCAAUGAUGAAGUUCAUGGGUCGGUUCUCUCCCUGGCCUCAAACGCCUCGUCGAACUACUCUUCGGUGAGUGUGGGCAGCAUACAGAAUCAGGCUGAGGAAAGGAUCCAAGGGGAGCAAAUCCGCAUGUUGAGGAGAGAGCUGGAGUCGUCGCAGGAGAAGGUUUCCAAUCUGACCACACAGCUUACGGCAAAUGCAAACCUCGUGGCUGCCUUCGAGCAGAGCCUGGCGCUGAUGACAGCUCGGUUGCAGAGCCUGUCGAUAAGCCACGAACAAAAGGACUCCGAGCUGAUGGAGCUGCGGGACACGAUUGAGGCUCUGAAGUCCAGGAAUGAAGAGGCACAGGCCGUCAUCCAUGGAGCCUUAAACAGCCAAGAUAACAUGAAAGACCUCCGCAUUCAACGGCAGAACUCGUGUGAGAGCAUCUCUAGUCUGAACAGCCUGACCAGCAUGUCGAGUGUGGGCAGCUUGAAAGAUCAAGACGCAAAGAAGAAGAAAAAGAAGAGCUGGUUGAGGAGCUCCUUCAACAAGGCUUUCAGUAUCAAAAAAGGCCCCAAAACCUACUCGGAUAUCGAGGAAAUCACCACGCCUGACUCAUCAGCUCCCAACUCACCAAAGAUGGCGCAUGAAGGAGGAGAAGCGGGCGAGAACUUUCCUUCGUCUCUGAAAACGUCAGCAUCUGCCACCUCCUCUGUGAUAAUGGAAACGGUAGAAGAGGGAGACAAUGGUGAAAGAGCGGUAUCUGAGUUACGAUCAGAGCUCUGGGAGAAAGAGAGGAAGUUGACAGAUAUCCGACUGGAGGCCUUAAGUUCUGCACAUCAGCUGGAGCAGCUCAGAGAAGCCAUGAACAGCAUGCAGUCCACUGUGGAAAAUCUAAAGGCAGAAAACGACCACUUGAAAACAGGAAGUCAGCUCCCUCCCUCCGGCCCUGGUCCCACCUCCUCCACUUCUCAGCCAUCAGGCCUGGCUUCUCUCCUGGGGCCCUCAGUGAAUCCGCCAAUGAGCAUGUCCCUCACUAAAUCCUUCAGCCUGAGUCUAAAUGAUUGUAACGCUCCAGAUGCGUCUUCUUGUGACUUGCUAAGUGUGUCUUCUCAGCAUGAAGACGUCCGUGCAAAAAUACUGGUUUGCACUGGCGAUCAAACAGGGGACAAGAAACAGCGUCAGAAAUUCUACCUGGGCUCAGUGACGAUCGGUCCUCGGACUGACUGGGCCUGUCUUGACUCACUCAUUGCUAAAACCUUUCAAGACUACUUGAGUCAGGUGGACCCAACAGGGAGCCUGGGUUUGACCUGCGACUCCCUCCUCAUGUACCAACUGAACCAAGGAGUGCAGCGGGCGAUGGGAGGGGCCAAGCCCCAGACCUCGCCUCAUCAAUGCCUUGGCAAUGGUCCCACUCAGAUUUCUGUCACAUUGAAAGGUCUUAAAGAAAAAAGUGUCGACUCGCUGGUGUUUGAGACUCUGAUACCAAAGCCCAUGAUGCUGCACUACAUCAGCCUGCUGAUGAAGCACAGACGCCUGGUUCUUUCUGGACCUAGUGGGACAGGAAAAACCUAUCUGGCCCAGCAUCUGGCCCACUACCUCUUGCAGUCCAGUCGGGUCGACUCCUUGGACAGUGAGCGUGACUCGUGUGUCUUGGGUCACAGCGCUGCUGUAACCUUCAACAUGCACCGACAGUCACAGAAGGAUUUGCAGUUGUAUCUGUCAAAUCUGGCCAAUCAGAUUGACAGAGAGAGCGAAGGGGAGCUGCCUUUGGUUGUUAUCAUAGAUGAUAUCAGCGACUCAGCGGCCAUCACUGAACUCGUAAACGGAGCACUCACCUGCAAGUAUCACAAAUGUCCUUACAUAAUUGGGACAACCAAUCAACCCGUGAAGAUGACUUCUAACCACGGGCUGCACCUUAGCUUCAGGAUGGUUACGUUCUCCAACAAUGUGGAACCAGCCAAUGGGUUCCUGCUGAGGUACUUGCACCGUAAAGCUGUGGAGUCCUACCAGGAAGAGGAGCAAGAAUCGCCGCACCGCCAGGGACUGCUGCGUGUCCUCGACUGGAUCCCUCAGCUCUGGUACCACCUGCACGCCUUCUUGGAGAAACACAGCACCUCAGACUUUCUCAUAGGUCCCUGCUUCUUCCUGUCAUGCCCAGUGUCAGUAGCAGAGUUUAGGCAGUGGUUCAUUGACCUGUGGAACCACUCCAUUAUACCGUACCUCCAAGAGGGAGCCAAAGACGGCAUCAAGGUGCAUGGUGCAAAAGCAGUGUGGGAGGAUCCAGUGGAGUGGGUUAGAGGCACUCUACCCUGGCCAAAUGCACAGCAAGACCAGGCCAGGCUCUUUCACCUCCCUCCUCCCAGCAUCGGGCUGCCCAGCGAGGAGAGGAAGCCCCCCAAAGAUGCACCUCCACCCAGCACGCUGGAGUCGGACCCUCUGAUGGCCAUGUUGCUGAAACUCCAGGAGUCCGCCAACUAUAUUGAGUCUCCAGAGCGGGAAGGCAGUCUGGAUCCUAGUCUGCAGACUACCCUCUGAGCUGCUGUGAGCUAGGAUCAAAUGAGAGUUUAAAGGACUCUACUGUGAACGUUAUUGUGUGCUCAGUGAGCAGCUUCAAAGCUAUUUGUAAAGAGGGGUUAUGAACUAAGGGGUUCGCUCUGCCCUGCUUCUGGAAGACUGGGGAGACGAGCCGAUUUCAGAAAGAAAAUGUGACGAUCGAUCAUGAUUCUUCCUCUCGCCUCAGUUUGACCCAGAUGGGUUGUUGUUUAAUCUGCUAGUGCAUGGUGAAAAGAAAUGUAUGAUGCAAAAUAUUACCUGUAAUCCUUAUCAUCAAAACCCAGUUGUUCCCUUUUAUUUCUGUUUACACAACCAUAUUUUCUACAGCUACUGGUGCUCACAAGUAUUUGUUGAAGGCAGGCACUUCAUUUCAGCUGAUUAUGUUAUUGGCUCCCCCAUGAGUUGGACCAUCACUGGACAGCAGCCAAAAUGCACUUUAUUUUGUACUUGUGAAAAUGGGAUUUAAGAGAGCUUUGUCAGUGAAUGUUUCAUAAAGGAUGGGGCUGCUCCAAAAGUGCAGUUCACGGGUAAUCCUGCAGGUGGCAGAAUCUGUCAGGUCUUGCCUCAUUUUUUUGGUGUACUUUGUCUUUGCAAAGGUGCUCACCAGAUAAUGACACAUGUGAAAACACAAUUAUGAACAUAGCCUUGAAUGUUUCUCUCUAUUUUUUAUUAUUAUUUCAACUUUUAACAAUUUUGUUGCUUACUGUAGAUCAGUUUGCCGAGCUGUGAAGCUGUAAGAGGAACAUGCAUGGAUGACUAAUGACGUGACCCUGCAAAGCGACACUGGCCUCAGUUGACCAAUUUCAUAACUGCAGAAAUAAAACGCAGAUACAAUACCAGCUUGUUGAUCAAGUCUACUGUCUCUGAAUAUGCUCAUGUGCAGUGAUCGGGCCUUUCGGCUGCGCCCUUAUUCCGGGGGUAGCCGCAGCAAGUUAAUACAACUUGCACACAGAACUGGUAAAGUUUUCUACGCUGGAUGCCCUCGUGAACGGCAUUCAAACCAAGGUCCCCCCGUAUCUAAUACACGGACUUACCUCGCUACAAACUGCGAGUCGGCCCUAUGCUUGUGUUCAGUAUGUUCUGAAUUCAGAUCACUUUUAAAUUCUAAAGCUGUGCUAUGAAAAAAAAAAACGAAAGAUGCAGAUUUUGUAGGAUUUUGUACUCGAGUCACCUUCAUCCGUCGCCUCACCUACUUUAUGAAAAAACAACAUGCAUCUCAGCGUGAGAGCUACUGAAGGCAAGGUACACGGUGUUCCUGACUGUUGGCCUAUUCAUGCAUUAUCAUGCAAGGGGAAGUGUAGAAAUGGAAACAAUGCUUGAAUAGUUUCCUUCCUCUUUUCAUUUUCUCAUUAUGUUUUGAGAUUUUGUUUUUCUGAACUCAAAAGGAAGUGUCUACUCACAUUAAGUUAUGGUAUUUGAAUUAAAAGCUUUUUCUUAAUUUUUUUUUUGCACAAAUUGCUUGUUAGAAAUUAGUAAGUAACAGUAUUUAUUGCUCAUAUCUUGACUGUUAUGUGAUGAAGGGAGGUGGUGGAGGAGGAGGAGGAGGAGGAAGCUGCUGAUAAUGAAGAACUCUGUGCACCCCACCCUGACUCUGAUGUACCUCAGACUGCCAUAUUCUGUCCAGACGUUCCUUUGCUUUCCUUUGAAGGUGUAAACGUAAAGACAUGAUGCCUAAGUCUAUCCGUGCCUGAAACACAGUUUGGCCUACAGCUGCUCUCGAGCUGCUUGCCACCUGGAGGCCUCGAUUUGGAGGAAACAUCCUCUUACCUAUGAUGUCACUUUAACGUGGUGACCUGGUGUUUGGGUGCUGAAUGGCUUAUCGAUCUGGACCUUUGGCCGGCGGAUGAACUGUUAGUGAACAUGAUACAUGUCAGCGUAAGAGAAUGUCUGUCACAACUGGGCUGUGUGUGUUGAGAUUGUCUUAAUCUCGAGACUUGGUGACUUGUGGCAAGCAGUGAGAUGUGAGAAAAUUCUUUUCAUUCAUUGGACCUACCACACUUUAAUCGUAUCAGAGCAAAGAUUUUUAAUAACUGGAUAUCUUCCUCUUUUUGCAUUUUCGUAAGAACAGAAUUUUGUUUUUCUUUGAGUGCUUUUCUUAUGAUAUUUGUAAAGUUUUCUUUCUCUUUUGUACAUGAAUUACAUCACUAUUGUAAACACUGUACAUAGCCACUGCAUCUGCGAUAACAAUCACUGAAGCGAAAAGAGAUCAAAAAUGAGCUUUGCCUGUUGAUGCAGAAAAUGAGCGUCCUCUGGUUUGUAUUGUCUUCCUCCUGCAGGAAGGAGCACUUGGAAUAAAAGUGGACUUCAUGAAAUGCCAUGUCUCUAUAAUCCAAUCAGAUUCCAUACUUCUAACUUUAAGCACUGGACAUAAUAAAGUCAUGUCAUUUUUCACACCAA